UUCCAGGUCUUUCGCAGCCAUCAUCGCGUCGCCGCUGGCGAUUUCACUUGGCUCAUGCCGCCUUCUCACUGAAAUGUUACUGACUACUAUACUCAUCUCCCUUCCCCUCACGUCUCUCGCCGCCGAGCCCAAGAUCAAGCCAUGCACCGCCUAUGAUCCCAUAAACGACAACUUCUUCAACCUCGCUCCCCUCAAGGCCGCGCGCGACUACACCUUCCGCGACGAGGCUUCCGACUCAGGCACUGAGUACCUUAUCAACAUCUGCCGCCCAGUCGAGACGGAGACUUGGCACGUCGCGGGCGCGGACGUGAUCGACAUCGGCGAUGUGGGUGCGUUCGUGCGGCGCGAUCGAGGGGACUUUAGUAUGGGGCAGGCGAAUAGCACGCUCGAUAUCUCACCGACUACUGGAGAGCCGCGAUUGAGCUAUCUGAAUGGAUCUCCUUGUCCCCUUGAUGGCUCCGUCCGCUCGUCUACGAUCAUUGACUUCGUAUGCUCGACAUCCGACUUCGGCGCAGGCAAGCCCCGCUUGACCGCCACCCUCCCCACAGGCGCAUCAGAAGGCGAACGCUGCGUCUUCUUCGUCGAAUGGGCAACUCACCACGCCUGCCCCGCGCGCCAGCCCGCCAGCCUCUCCCUCGCCGCGCUCAUCACCGGCCUCCUCGUCGCCCUCCUCCUCACCACCGCGUUCUACCUCGUCUGCGGCACCGCGUACAAUCGCUGGGUUCUCGGUCUGAACGGCUUCGACCAGAUUCCCAGCUUCUCGUGGGACGCGUUCGCAUACCAUGCCAACGCUGUGUAUGCACAUCUUCGCUCCGAGGGCUUUGGGCCGGUCUUGCGACAUAUCAAGGCCGCUGCUGCGCGCAAGUUCAGCAAGGACAACUUGCUAGACAUGUUCGAGCGCUUCCGCGAAGCCACCACUAAUCUCUACGAGGGCGGGCAAAGCGGGCGGCUCGCACUCGGUCACGGCCACGGCAACAUGGGGCGAUACGGCUACGAGCCCGCGAGCGAUCGUCUCGAAGAAGGUCCACCAGGUUCAGUCAACCCCGUCUCUCAUCAAGCAUUCGUACGCCCGGAAAUGGGGUCGCCAAGUCCUCGUACAAGUCCGAGUCCACGCCCCGGCACCAGUCCGCGCCCAGAUACCAGUCCGCGCGUCAGCCCGGCACCCAGGAGCCGGACUGGGGACGAGGCGCGGCCGGCACCGGGGGGUGUGCCGUUUGAGCAGACGCCCUUCAUGCUCGGGCAGGAAGAUAACGAAGAGGAGGAUAUCGCGCGCACGCCGGUGAAGGUCCCCUCGACUCCAGCCCCUGCAGCAGAAAAGUGACGCGUAUGGACAUCCGCGUUUCCGACAACCUAUGUACGAAGCGCCUAACCGUGACUGUAGGCGACCCUGGACAAUUCUGAAGCUACUUCCCGAUGGACAAUCGUUGGAGUCUCGUAUGCAGAUGAUCAUAUGUUUAUCGCCUGCCUGUAUAGCCUGCUUUUUAACCAUGUACCCAAGUAUCGUCGAUGCAAAUAUUUCCGUGGAUCAAACCAGUACCUCACGUCGCCAAUAUGAAGUGAAGGACCCCCUCAUCGCGAUCUGAAGGAAGCGAUCAUAUUGAGUCCUUGAUAUCGCAGUCAUCCUCGUCCU